CCUGCUGCGCCUCGUGUCGCCCGCGGUCCUCCGAGCUCCAAGCCUCCUGUUUACUUCUGCCGCCCGCCAGUCCGGCGGGGAAGGGGAGUACCCCGCCGCCCCUCGCUUUCGCUCCCGCAGUUUUCCAAACAAACCAGGGCGCGAUGGGAGUGUCUUCUUGGCUGUGGAAAUUGAUCCUCCUACCUUGUCCUGAAGCCACCCGCCGCCUUUCCCGGGCCCUCCCUUCGCGGUGAUUUUCCUACCCCGGACGCCCGGCGAGGGCGCGCGGCUGGCGUCCGCCCUGCCCGAAAGUACUUGCUAGUGAAGAAGCUGCACAGCUCUUUGGUCUUGGAUAACUUCUGGUAGAGAAGCCCCCCAAAUUUAGCAGACAGCCUCCUUUGGCAUCCUGGUCCCUGCUCACCACAUUCUUCACCUGCUGGAACCAAGGGCCUUUGGGAAACAGAUUCCUAAAAGGGCAGGUGGGCCAGCCAUGAGAGGGUACCUCCUGGUCAUAUCCGUGAGUGCUAUCUUCCUCUAUUACGUGCUGUACUGUAUAAUGUGGAGAACAAAUGUCUAUGGGGUACCGCCUGUGGAAAUGAAACGGAGAAAUAAGAUCCAGCCUUGUUUAUCAAAGCCAGCUUUUGCCUCUUUGCUGAGGUUUCAUCAGUUUCACCCUUUUCUGUGUGCAGAUGAUUUUGAAAAGAUUGCUUCCUUGUAUGGUAGCAAUAAGUUUGAUUUGCCCUAUGGGAUAAGAAGAUCAGCGGAAUAUUUUCGACAUGCUCUUUCAAAACUGCAGAGUUGUGAUCUCUUUGAUGAGUUUGACAACCUGCCAUGUAAGAAGUGUGUGGUGGUUGGUAAUGGAGGAAUUUUGAAGAAUAAGACAUUAGGAGAAAAAAUCGACUCCUAUGACAUAAUAAUAAGAAUGAAUAAUGGUCCUGUUUUAGGACAUGAAGAGGAAGUUGGAAGAAGGACAACCUUCCGACUUUUUUAUCCAGAAUCUGUUUUUUCAGAUCCCAUUCACAAUGAUCCUAAUACGACAGCAAUUCUUACUGUUUUUAAGCCACAUGAUUUAAGGUGGCUGUCGGAAUUAUUGAUGGGUGACAAAAUAAACACUAAUGGUUUUUGGAAGAAACCAGCCUUAAACCUGAUCUAUAAACCUUAUCAAAUCAGAAUAUUAGAUCCUUUCAUUAUUAGAAUGGCAGCUUAUGAACUGCUUCAUUUUCCAAAAGUGUUUCCCAAAAAUCAGAAACCCAAACACCCGACGACAGGAAUUAUUGCCAUCACACUGGCGUUUCACAUAUGUCACGAAGUUCACCUCGCUGGUUUUAAAUACAACUUUUCUGACCUCAAGAGUCCUUUGCACUACUAUGGGAAUGCCACCAUGUCUUUGAUGAAUAAGAAUGCAUACCACAAUGUGACUGCAGAACAGCUCUUUUUGAAGGACAUUAUAGAAAAAAACUUUGUAAUCAACUUGACUCAAGAUUGACCCUACAGACUCAAAUGAUGCUUACAGUAUUAGUUUUAUUUUUAUACUGCAACUUUCAGUUUAUUUUUAAAUAUGUUGGAUGCACUUGUCAAAUAAUUAUGUAUAUGAAGUCUGUUGCUGCCUGGUGAUUCAUAACCACCAGCUUAAUUUCUGUGAAUACUAUAUAUUUAACUUAUGAAAACCAAGAAAUGUUUAGUUAUUAGAGAAAUAAGUAAAGUUUUAAUUGCAUUGUUUUUAAAAUAAGCUAGUUUUCUAAGGUGUUUUUAACCAUCUUUUUAUAGUUAAUUCAUCUUAGACUUUUGAAGGUAUACGACUUCCUAAUAAGGGGAUUUAGUUUACCUUGAGAUUUUGACUAUAAAAUGACAUUUUGAGAAGUGUAUUUGGUUACUGUAAACCUGGCUGGUGGGCAAAGGCAUGAGAUUGUGCCUUGAUGUGGCAAACAGGAACCACUUAACUAUGGAAAUCUAAGUUUAUUCUGGUUUAAUUAAGCUUUGUUCCCCCUGCAAUUAGCUACACCGUAAUCAUGAUGAGUAAUUUGGUAGAAUGAAGAUGGCGUUUUUUGUUGUUAAGUUAAAGGAAACAGGCCAAACAUAAAAUUCUGGAUGAAUAAAUAACUAAAGAAUUACCAAA